ACGUCGACGUUUCAAUCAAAUGUGCGAGAUUUAAAGUGAAAGGUUUUCAAGCAGGACUUGGCAGUGUUUCUAGUGAGUUCGUAUAGUGAGCAUUAAACACGACGACAGCAUGACCGGGAUCAGGGCCUACGUUAUAGUUGCUAUUGCUGCCUGUUUCGGUAGCGGUAACGGAGCUCAGUAUUUGGGGAAGUUCCUGGGUAAACUUUCCGAACUUCACCACGGAGUUUCGGGAGAAGUCUACGCGGUCGACGGACGAACUUUGCACAUUAAGGACUUUACAUACGACGGCCAGGGACCAGCGGCCUAUUUCUAUGCCAGUACCUAUAAAACCGCCGACAGCCGGGGAUUCAGAUUAAGGGAUGAAAAUAACAACGGAGAAGUGAUCAGGAGAUACAGGAAGGAAGGGGUGACUAUAACCCUCCCAGAAGGGAAGACAUUAAGCAGUAUCAAGAUAUUCUACGUGUGGUGCGAGGAAUUCGACGUGAAUUUUGGGGACGUCAAAAUAUCCCAAGGGUUCGACUUUCCUCGUCCACAGAAAAUCGACGCCCUUAAAGGAGUACACUCGAUCUCCUCCGACAAUAUCGUCAUCGUCGACGCUCAAACUUUAUUAAUUCCCAACUUGUACUACGACGGGGAGGCCCCAGAUGCGAAGUUUUGGGUCGGAAGAGGACCAAAACCGUCACCGCAAGGUAUACGUGUUCCAGACGAGAAUGGCAAAGAGGUACCUCUCAGAAGAUACAACGGCAAAACCGUAGUGCUUACCUUGCCAGGCGACUUAACUGUAUUUGACAUCGGCCACUUCGGAAUAUGGUGUGAACAAUUCACCGUCGACUUCGGCCACAUCCAGAUUCCUCAAACAUUAAACGUACCGCCAUCUUUAAAAAUGCUCGGCGUUAGCCCACAGUCAAAAUUGAAUUGUGAGGUGCUAAACGAAGAUCUGGCAUUUGAAGUGCGCUGGGCAGUUGCCGGAGAGAGUAUUGUUUUACAAUUGGUUGCAAAACUGGAUGGCAACGAAUACAUGUCAUUUGGAGUAUCUGGCGAUGAUUCAAAAAGCGUUAUGAUUGGUGGCGAUGUCGCUGUAGCUUGGGUAGACAAAGAAACUCUGAAAGGGUAUGCCCAAGAUUACUACCUGGCUGACAAAUCACAGUGUUCUGGUCCAACAGGCUCCUGCCCUGAUCUACGAUUUAGAGAAAACACGGAAAAUAUUCGCCUUUUGAAUGCCGCUCUGGUCAACGGUUAUUCGAUAGUGACUUUCCAGCGCCCGCUGAAGAUGUCUGAUGAAUACGACAAACCUAUAUACACCAACGGGUCGCAAGCAAUUAUUUGGGCAGUCGGACCACUCAAUCAAAGAAAUGAAGUUUCUUUCCACACGAGUUACCUCAAAACUGAUAGUUUUAUUGAAUUCGCACGUCCUGCUAAAUGGAACUGCCCUCUACCGGAAGGAGAACAACCUAAGACAUCAACGUCAUUAGAUAACAUCACUGAAGAAAAAGUUGCCGAACCAGCGCAACCAUCGACAACAUCAAAAAUAAGAAACAACGAACGUAGACGCGGGUCAAACAGAGGUACAUCUACAAGGCAACCAAUUACCAAUAUAGAUGAUUCGGAAAAUGCCAACACCAAACAACAUACAAGGACGAGGGGGCCCACGAGAGGCACACAGAAAACUUCCAGGGUGCCCCCACCAACUCCCGUAAAACACAUAAAAUCUUGGGACAUUCCAGCAAUUCAAUGCGACGAACCCGAUGAUGGAGUAUUCUACGCUCAAAUGGGACCGACUGGUGGUAAACGUGGCUAUCCUGCAAUUACAGGACACGUUGGGUGGGGCAUUUCGUGGUACAUAAAUGGCUUGCUGAUCCCUGAAAUACACGUGGUCAGGGGACAAACUUAUACCUUCGUUGUUGAAGGAGGCAAGGACCCAGAAAUUCCUGCCAAGUACCAUCCAUUCUACAUCACUGAUGACUCCGUAGGUGGUUACACAUAUAAAACGCAAGAGGAAAGAAAGAAUGUGAGCAUAUUUGCUGGAGCUCAAACGAGUAAGGAUGGUACCGUAUAUCCAACUGGCACCGGAAGGUUGUGUCAUUGGACCGAAACUAGUGAUGUAGAUGCUGACGAUUACGAAUCUUUUGGUGCCUACCAGAGAACUUUAGAAUUAAUAUGUGAUCCCGGAGAGCCUGGAGUUAUUCAAUGGACGCCAGAUAAUGAUACUCCGGAUACAGUCUACUACCAAUGUUUCUCGCAUCGGUACUUGGGGUGGAAAAUUCACGUCCACGACUCUUGCGAUACGAAAACAGCCGCGAGUGAAUUAAAACCAACCAUUGUAGCGUCGCCGACCCACACUUUUGACUCAUUCUCAGACAAAACAGAAGCUGAACUAGAAACCAGCCCACCAGCGUCUGUACCAGCAGUGACAAGGUUUUAGAGCAGACCACAGAUCCUACCUCAGUAGAUCCUAGACCGGCUAGUGAUCCGCCACAAGAACCAUCACCACAUCAGAAUGAUUCGUUACAUCAGAUAAAUACGACCAUGCAAUCACAUAUCUCACGGGUCGCAC